CACAUCCACACGGUAUUGCAUGGCAAAGGAAAGCGCGUAGUUCCCUAGCUCAGCGUCUCCUCCACCGGCUCACUGACAUGGCCACCGCGCGCGCAGUUGCCGCGUCCAUGAGGCUCACCUGCGCUCUCAGCACCUUAGCCAUGCUCGCCGCCAUCCUCUUCAUGCUCCUCCUGCUGAUCGCUGGUGCCUUGCAGCUGCGUGUCCCGACCGGCUACGCGGUGGUCGACUGCGCCCCGCCCCCGCCCUCGGACGACGGCGCUGCUGCCUUCCUCCACAGCCUCCUGCCGCUCCUGGCCGCGCUGCCCGCGGCCGCCGCGCCGACGGGGUUCGCGUCCCUGCAGUCCAGCGGCGGGGCGUUCGCCCGCGGCAUCUGCCUGGGCGGCUCCGCGCCCAAGGAGUGCCUCGCGUGCCUCGCCGCGGCCGCCAAGAACCUCACCGGCUGCGGCGCGAGCAGGCGCGCCGGCGCCUGGAGGGGCGAGGGCUGCUUCAUGGGCUACGCCGACGGCAACGCUUCCUCUCCGCACGAGGACGUCUUCCGCGGCGUCGUCUCCUUCGGCGAGGACGUCUUCCCCGCCGUCAUCUCCUUCGACGACGGCAAGCCGCCCUCCAACCCCAACUGCUUCGACACGCGGGCGCUCAUCGCGCGCGCGCAGUCCCUGGCGGGGCGCGGAGCGGCCAACAGCUCGGGGGCGCGCGUCGUCACCGACGCGGCCGCGCUCUCGAGCAACGCCACUGGGAAGACCACGGUGACAUUGCGGGCGCAGUGCGCGAGGGACCGCGCGGCGGCGGCGGAGUGCGCCCGGUGCCUGGGGGACUCGGCGCGGGAGGUGGGGGCGUGUGGCUGGGGCCUCGACGGCGAGCACGUGCGUGUGGCCGACGUGGUCGGCUACAACUGCUUCCUACGGAUCGAGACCUCAGUUCCGACGGGUUGGCCCGUGCCCGUGGCGAAAUAUAUGAAGGAUCCCGUCCUGAUAACCUUGUGCGCCGGCAUGCUGCUCGCGCUGGUCGCCGCGGUAAUCGCGUGCGUCCGUGGGAGGAAGAAGAGGGGCACCGGGAACGCGUAGCUGCAGCAGCCAGCAGCAGAGCAUCAGGUCAGCAAGUGAACGCUGCUGCAAACUGAGGGAGAUGGAGUUGGAGUCACCGGUCACCACCACCACCUUGGAGUCAUACGACCACCCUGCUGCUCUCCUUCACCGCGUGCGGAAUUUUUUUUUUAGAAAAGAAGGAGACCCCAACUCUAUAUCUUAGAUUAGUUUAAGUAGUCAUGUGUGCGUUCCUUGAGCUACAGGUGAGACUUGCUGUCGUUGCAAUUAGACUUCUGCAGCGUGAUUGCUCAUCUCUGCAUGUUUUGGAAGGAAAAUUGGACGUGGCGCUGCGCGAGAAUACACCUUAUUUGGUGAUCGGUCUCCACUAAUGGGCGAAGGCACAACCGUUAGUACAAGGGAUACCACUGACGUCCAUCGAUGAUCUGUUGGUGGAGACCCAUCCAACCCUCUAGUGAUGAACUUGAAUUUAUGUCCAUUACUCGUGGUGCAGGCAUGCAGCCGAACAACUGCCGGGCAAAAUUGUGUCAACCGCUAGAAAAUUCAAAUCCAAAAUCAAAAUAAGCAUAGAGAAACAAAAAGAGAAUCCUUCAUGUGAAUAGUGUCAUUUUUUGCUUU